AUGGUAAAGUGUUCAUUUUGCAAUGAUGAACAUGCUGUUUAUUCGUGCAAGGAAUUUUUGGCAUUACCUAUUGCUCGGCGUGUAGCCGAAAUACGUAAAAAGGGUUUAUGUCUCAAUUGUUUGCGUUCCACAGGACACAUUGCGGCAAAUUGUAAUGCCGGAGCUUGUAAAAUAUGUCGAUCAAGGCACAAUACAUUAUUACAUCGUCAAGACAAAAACGAGGAUAAGCCAAAGGAGGAAUCAAAGAAUUCCUCGUCACCCAAGGAAGCAACCGAAAUGUCAAGUCAAGGACAAUCUUCGAUUGCAGCACAUAGUUCUCUCGCAUGUAAUCAGGUAUUGCUGUCUACCGCAGUGGUAUACAUAAUUGACAAGGGAGGAGCACGUCAGUCGUGUCGCGCUCUUCUUGACUGCGGUUCACAGGCAAAUUUUGUUACACGUAAGUUUUUUGAAUCAUUAGGAUUAAAGGCCCGAUCAAUAAAUGCUUGUGUGACCGGAAUUAACAAUGCAUCUACGAUGUUUAAUCAAAUUGUUGGUGUUACUCUUCAAUCACGAGUAAAUUCUUUUUCCACGAGUUUUGAAUGCAUAAUUACGGACCAGAUAACUGGAAAGAUUCCUCCGGUUUCCGUGAAACGUCAUUUGAUUGGAUUGCCAGGUAAUAUUGAACUUGCAGACCCGCAAUUCAAUUCAUCGGCGGAUGUUGAUUUGUUAAUAGGUGUAGAUUUGUUUUGGCAAUUGUUGUGUGUUGGUCAAUUCAAGGAGUUUAAGGGAAGUUUAACAUUACAAAAAACGCGUCUUGGUUGGAUCAUUGCUGGGCGUGUAUUUAAUUCGUUGGCUUUACCACAAAAAAUACGUUCGUUAACAGCGUUAAUAAGUAACACGGAAUUACAUGAUCAGUUGUGUAAGUUUUGGCAAUUAGAAGAGGUUUCUCGCGGUUUUGAAAAUCGUACGGUUGAAGAACGAGCUUGCGAAGCUCACUUCAAAAUUUAUACAUCAAUUAACGAACAAGGUCGUUACAUUGUAAAGUUACCGGUAAAGGAUGAUGUAUUACGAAAGAUCGGUGAUUCAAAGGAAAUCGCGUUGAAACGGUUUAUACAACUUGAAAGACGAUUUGAACGUGAUCCAGAGUUUAAAAAACAUUAUGUUAAUUUUAUAAAGGAAUACAUUAAUUUAGAUCAUAUGAGAAAGGUCUCGUCGGUUGAUGAGGAUAAUAGCACAUCAUUUUACUUGCCGCACCACGGGGUGUGGAAGCAAACCGAUCAGUUUGUAAAACUACGCGUGGUAUUUGACGCCUCGUGCAAAACCACUACGGGAGUAUCUUUGAACGAUGCUUUGAUGGUCGGACCGGUGAUACAGCAAGAAUUAUUUUUGAUUCUUUUGAGAUUUCGCACACAUGCAGUUGUAUUCACGGCGGAUAUAGUAAAAAUGUAUCGCCAAGUAUUGAUACAUGAAUCGCAAAGAAGUUUGCAACGCAUAUUUUGGAGGGACAACACGAGUGUUCCUAUCGAGAUAUUUGAAUUGAUUACCGUAACGCAUGGUACGGGUUCCGCGUCAUUUUUAGUUACAGAAUGCGUUCAAGAUUUAGCUGCGAAACAUGCAGCAGAAUUUCCGCAAGGUUCAGAGUGUGCGCUUCGAGAUUUUUAUGUCGAUGACUUACUUACUGGGGCAGAUUCGAUUGAUGAAGCUAAGCGUAUACGUGAUCAAAUUGAAGCAUUAUUGAGACGAGGUCAUUUUGAGUUGAGUAAAUGGCAUUCGAACCACGCAGAAUUAGCACCGGUUCAUAAGGGAGCCGUUGAUGAAACAGUAGUGUUACAUGGCGAUGACACGCCGAAGGUGUUGGGAGUGCAAUGGCAUCCGCCAACAGAUCAGUUUACGUUUAAAUGUAACGUUUCGUCCGAUGUUAGGCGUAUUACAAAGCGCACGGUAUUGUCCGACGCUUCAAAAUUAUUCGAUCCACUGGGGCUAUUAGGGCCGAUCAUAGUUGUAGCAAAGUUAAUUAUUCAAGACGCUUGGCAAUCCAAUAUAGAAUGGGACGAAUCCUUACCGCAAGAUCUCCAUGCGAGAUGGUUGAGUUUUCGACAACAAUUAUUUUAUAUUAGUGAAGUGAAAUUGCCUCGCCAAGUCAAAUAUAGUACAAGAGCAACCUACAUUCAAUUACAUGGUUUUUGCGACGCAAGUCAACGUGCUUACGGGGCUUGCAUUUACAUAAGAAGUUGUAUUGAUUUAAAUGAGUAUCGAACAGAGUUGUUAUGCUCUAAAUCACGCGUGGCUCCCAUUAGGGCGAUAACUCUCCCCAGGUUAGAGUUAUGCGCAGCCGUUCUUUUGGCUCAAUUAUUAGAGAAAGUUCGAUCUGCAAUUGAUUUAUCCGAAAUACAAAUUGUUUUAUGGUCAGAUUCCACAAUUACAUUACAAUGGAUAUCUUCAUCUUCACGCAAGUGGCCAACCUUUAUCGCGAAUCGAGUCGACGAAGUUCAGCGACUCACUAAAGCACAUCAAUGGAGACACAUAUCUUCACACGAUAAUCCCGCUGAUAUCAUUUCUCGUGGAGCCACUCUUCACGACUUGAUGAACAAUCGUAUUUGGUGGAAUGGUCCUUCUUUUUUCGCUGUAGAAGAGCAUCAUUGGCCUCCGAGCAAUUUUUCAAGUACAUUAGACGCUCAUUCGGAACAGGAAUGUAUAAUAAGCGCAGUUUCCAAGGUCACUGUUUUUAUCAUUAAUGAUUUAUUAAUUAAGUAUUCAAAUUUACACAAGAUAUUGCGAAUCAUCGCACGUUGUUUAAGAUUCCUUCCUGAACAUCGGCGUAAAUUCAAUGGAGAGUUUAUAUCGCAUCAGGAAAUAGCAGCAGCUUUAAUUGUUGUUUGCAGAAGCAUUCAAAGAGAAGCGUUUCCAGAGGAGUACGCUCAGUUAUCCAAAAAUAAGCCUAUCAGCAAUUCGAGCAAUUUGUUAUCUUUAUCUCCAUUUUUUGACGCAAAUGGUUUGAUUAGAGUAGGAGGAAGAUUAAAAAAUUCUGAUAUGGCCUAUGAAGCAUGCCAUCCAAUAUUGUUACCGAAACAUAAAUUUACUGAGCUCAUGAUUCAACGUGAACAUAUUCGAAACCUUCAUUCGGGAUUGCAGGCGACCAUAGCAGUUGUCAGGUCGAGAUUUUGGCCAUUGUCGGUACGUUCUAUCACCCGAAAGGUUAUUCGCGAAUGCAUCAUUUGUUUUAAGCAUAAGCCAGUUAUUCCGCAAGCAAUAAUGGGCAAUUUGCCUGAAAAUAGAGUAACUGUUUCAAGACCAUUUAGUCAUACCGGGGUAGACUAUGCAGGUCCGAUGUUUCUAAAGGAAUCCAAGCGGCGCAACGCGAAAAUUAUUAAAUCAUAUGUAGCAUUAUUUGUUUGUUUCGCGACAAAGGCAGUUCAUAUAGAGGUAGUAAGCGAUUUGACAUCUCAAGCAUUUUUAGGUGCGUUUAAGCGUUUUAUUUCACGUCGUGGAAAACCGAAUUGCAUGUACUCCGAUAACGGAACAGCAUUUGUAGGAGCGAAAAGGCAGAUGAAAGAGUUUAGUGAAUUCAUCAAUAGCGAUCAGACGAGCAACGAGCUCAGAAAUUGUUUACGCGAUAAUGAAACCGCGUGGCAAUUUAUCCCAUCACAUGCGCCUCAUUUUGGUGGAUUAUGGGAGUCUGCUAUAAAAUCGGUUAAGACACACUUACAUCGAAUUGUAGGUAAUGCGAACCUCACGUUUGAGGAAUUACAAACUGUAUUAUGCGAGAUCGAAGCGAUGUUGAAUUCGCGUCCGUUGACACCGCUUAGUACAGAUCCUAAUGAUUUACAUUGUAUUACUCCAGGGCAUUUUUUGAUUGGCACAGCGUUAAACAGUUUUCCAGUCCCUGACCUUGUAGAGGUUCCAGCCAAUCGACUGCUACGCUGGGAAAGAGUGGAGCAACUCCGACAGCAUUUUUGGAAGCGGUGGAGCUCGGAGUAUUUACAUACGCUCAUCGAAAGAUCGAAAUGGAAAAUCAACAAGGGAUCGCCGCUGAAGGUUGACCAAUUGGUACUUAUUCAGCAGCCUAAUUUAGGACCCACUCAAUGGGUGCUCGGCAGGGUGCAAAAUAUACAUCCUGGCGAUGAUGGCGUUGUUCGAGCCGCAACAGUGAAGACUGUAAAGGGACUUAUUACCAGGCCACUGGCGAAAUUGGCCAUACUUCCGUUAGAUUAA